CCCAGGCUCCCUUCUCUUCCUCUUCCUCUUUAUCAUUGUAGCCUCUCCUCUUUCUUCUUCUACUUUCUCUUCCUGGUCUUGCUCCUGUCAUUACUAGUACCAGCGCUGUCUACCUAGAUCCCCGUAUCUUAUUGUCAAACAACAACAACAUCUAAGCACAUUAUAAGCUAUGCCCUUCCUAGGAUCUUCCAAAGCCAACAGUAAACGGCGAUCACACACACCCAACACCUCUACAGCAUCUUCAUCAUUAUCGCGCCUGCCACUCAAUGCAUCAUCACCUGCCGUCUACUACUCACAACAGAACAACAGCAAUCCCAGCGUGGCUGCUGGCAUCCAUCCACGUGUGAAUCGAAGCACGGAAUACAGUAGUAACAGCAACGCCAUGAUGGGUAGUGGUAGCAGCAGCACUGGCACAUCCUCCUCCAAUCAUCCACCACCACCCUAUGACUACAGAACAUCCAGUCCGGUGCCUACCCCGUCAACGUCCUGGACAUCCGAAAUGUCUGUUCUAGCCGAUAAAAUCAGAGACGAUGCUGCCGCCUUGUCUGCACAACCACCCGAGAUGUUGGAUCGUCGGAGCAUCUCGCAGGGCAUGAAGCUAGUCGCCAUUGCUGCGGAUGAGUAUGAGGAUGGCAACAUGACUGUUGCGCUCGACAUCUAUCUAUCAGGCAUUGAUAAAAUCCUCAUGGCUUUGCCAAAUAAAACAGACCCAAAAACCAAGUUUGCUCUACGAGAGAAGUUGACAAGUGUUGAGGAACGAGUGGGAAUUCUUAAUAUCGCCAGCCAACAUCGGCAAAAACGACUGCAACAGUUCCUAGAAGAUGAUUUAGUGGACGAUGAUACACAACCGCAACAAAAAAGGCGGUCGAUUUUGGAUUCGCUAGGCUUGUCUCGGAUCACCACGACACUUGGGACCAUCACAACGAUUGCCAGCAGCCGGGUAUACUACAGUAACAACAAUACAAGCAGCAGCAAUGUCAAUCAAGCUGAAUCAUCGUCGUUACUGCAACACCACGCCAACGGUGUCGCCUCGCCUUCCGAUCCAGUUGAGCGGUUCAAGCAGUUUGGUCAAUUCCUUAUCAAUGCAACUGUUGCAUGUGCCAUUCUGAUCAAACAGUCGCCUUUGCCAGACAUUGCCUAUUUUAUGUUUGGCUACCUCGUUCAAAUACUGUUCUGGAUCGAUGGACAAUACCACAUUGCACAGAAGGCACAAAGCCUGAGCGUCGAAUGCGUCAAACUGUUUCUCAAGGCCGACGAGCAAUACCGAUUGCACGAAUUCGCUUCCGAAGCUCUGUACAUGCUUAUCGCGGCGGCACUCAAGGCGGCUGUGGCUUACAAGGAAACACCCGGUUUCCGAGACCCCGUCAUGAUGGCUCCACAAUCCAGUCUGGAAUAUCUCGAUAAGCAAGACGAUGAGCCGGUCCAAGCUACUGCCUCUUCUGAAUCAGAUUACUGCUCUCCAUCAUCCCCAGCCAAAUCCAGAAUGUCUUGGAUCUGGUAAGAAGAACGAACAUACUAUUUGCCUCUGUUCAUCACACCCAUUUUCUUGCUUAGUAUCAUUAUCUUUAACAAACGUACCUGCCUGCCUACCUACCUACCUACUUAUCACGCCUAUUUUCACCCUCCACCCUCCUACUCCCUUCUGUUUUUUAUUGCUGCACUAUUCCCUCAUUGUAUGGCUUUGACUUCUAUUUUUUCAUUUUUUUUUGUUGUUUUUCCUUUUUGCUAGUAAUACCCCCAUUUGUUUAACGAAAAAAAAAAGUUUACCGCAAU